AUGGCGGGCGAUCUCUCACCCAACCAGGUGCUGAAGGCUCUCGCGCAGAGCAAUGGCCCAAUACUCACCGCCGAGGCCUUUCCAUCCAUGUCCUUCGUCAAAGUCAAGAGCGCGCUCGACACCUUGAAAUCACGCGACAUGAUCAUUUAUUCGCAAAUAGAAAGAGAGGAGGUGGUUCUCUCACCUGAAGGGGAAGGUAUAGCGGAGAACGGAAGCCAUGAGGCCAAAGUAUUUGAGGCAGUUCGUGCUUCCAUCGAUGGGCUGAAGCUAGAUGAUUUGCCAGACAUAGUGGGACCAGUCAGCGCCGGUGUGGGAAAGAACACAGCGAUGAAAGCAAGAUGGAUAAAAAUGGAUGGUGGAAGACUCAAAGCUUCUACGGAUACAAUCACAGACAUCACACGCGAGCAAUUACAAGCCAUACAAAAAACCAAGUCAAACCCGGAUGCAAGGCUUGUAUCUGGUCUCAAGAAGAGAAAGCUGGUCACUACGCAAAGAGUCAUUAGCUUCAAGGUUGACAAAGGUACAAAUUUCGCCACCGAAUUGGUCAAAGAGGAGACGGAUUUGACAGCCGACAUGAUCCAAAGCGGAGCAUGGAAGACAGCGAAAUUGAAGCCAUACAAUUUCAAAGCUAUGGGGGCACCAAACACAAGCGGCGCAUUGCAUCCUCUCAACAAAGUACGACAUGAAUUUCGGCAGAUCUUUUUCGAGAUGGGCUUUGAGGAGAUGCCAACGAAUCGAUACGUUGAAACCGGUUUCUGGAACUUUGAUGCUCUCUUUAUCCCCCAACAACAUCCUGCCCGCGAUAUUCAAGAUACCUUCUACAUUUCCGACCCUCCGUCCGCCGGCCGACCUCGUGCAGACCCUUCACCUCAAUCCUCACAUUCCACCAACUCACCCCCCGAAGAAGCGCAACAACAGAAAAGGCUUGAUUACGAAGCCUAUUGGCGCAAUGUAGUUGAGGUGCAUCAAAAAGGCAAAUAUGACUCUAUCGGCUACCGCUACCCCUUCAACGAAUCCGAGUCCCUACGUCUCGUCCUCAGAACACACACUACCGCCGUUUCCACAUACAUGCUGCACAAACUUGCCCUCGAUGCGCGUCCAGCGCGCUAUUUCUCCAUCGAUCGCGUCUUCCGCAACGAGUCAGUCGACGCGACCCACCUCGCAGAAUUCCACCAGAUCGAGGGCGUGACUGCCGACUACGGCCUUACGUUAGGCGGCCUCAUGGGGUUCAUGGAGGUUUUCUUUGGAAAGAUGGGAAUACACAGACUGCGCUUCAAGCCGGCGUACAACCCGUAUACAGAGCCGAGUCUCGAGAUCUUUGGGUAUCACGAGGGGCUGGGAAAGUGGGUGGAGAUAGGUAACAGUGGCAUGUUCAGGCCGGAGAUGCUAGAACCUAUGGGCCUUCCGAAAGAUAUGAGAGUAUAUGGAUGGGGAUUGUCGCUUGAGAGACCGACGAUGAUAAAAUACGCGGUACAAAAUAUCAGGGAGCUGUUGGGGCACAAGGUUGAUCUAGGAUUUGUGGAGAGUAACGCUGCCGUGAGGCUCGAGAAAGAUUGA